AUCAUUACCCUCAAAACGAAAGAAGGCACCAAUCAGAUACUCCAAUUCAGUAUAUUGAUAGAAGGCAAGAAAGUAUUCAGACACAAACUCCUCCCAGAACCAACACAAUGCCUCAAAUGUCAAUCCUAUGACAGAACACACAUCGCUGCAGAGUGCACUCAAGAUCAUGACACAUGUGGAAUGUGCGGCAUGCAUCAUUGCACAGCAACAUGCAAAGUUGACAACCCUAACUACUACCAAUGUACUAACUGUGAUUGUCAAGGUCACACCUCAUGGAGCAGAGACUGCCCAUCCUUUAUCAACAAGUGGGAAUCCCUCAAGAACAGAUCCAAAGACUCGAAGUACCGAUACUUCCCUACUGAUGACCCCCUCACGUGGGAAACAAUAGCUAACAACAUCGAGCAAUGGACUGAACCGCCAAGACAGCCAGCA